ACGCGACGCCAUUUGCUGCGGCCGAGCGUGGUUGCAGGCUGAUCUCGGAAGGGCUCGUCUGGGAGACUCUCCCGCGCACGCGACCCGUCCUCUAGCGCCUGCUUUGUACCGCGCGGCUCCACACGUCGCCUCUUCAGCCCCUUGGAGGAGUCGCCGCCGCCGCUAUCGUCCGGAUAGGAAUCGGUAAAGCCGCGAGGCCGUCUUCACCGCCAUGCCCAAGAAUAAAGGUAAAGGAGGUAAAAACAGACGUAGGGGUAAGAAUGAGAAUGAAUCUGAAAAAAGAGAACUGGUGUUCAAAGAAGAUGGGCAAGAAUAUGCUCAAGUAAUCAAAAUGUUGGGAAAUGGGCGCUUAGAAGCAAUGUGUUUCGAUGGUGUAAAGAGGUUGUGUCACAUCAGAGGGAAAUUGAGAAAAAAGGUUUGGAUAAAUACGUCAGAUAUAAUAUUGGUUGGUCUGCGAGAUUACCAGGACAAUAAAGCUGAUGUAAUUUUAAAAUACAAUGCAGACGAAGCGAGAAGUUUGAAGGCAUAUGGCGAGCUUCCGGAGCAUGCUAAAAUCAAUGAAACUGAUACAUUUGGUCCUGGUGAUGAUGAUGAAAUCCAGUUUGAUGACAUUGGAGACGACGACGAAGACAUUGAUGAUAUCUAAAUUGACCUCGACGUUUUACAUUCCAACUUCUCUGCGGAUUGGUCAACAAUUUGGAUUUUGGCUAUGGCCUGUUAAAGAAGAUUAAAAUUAUCUUUAGUUUGAGUGCAGUUUGUUAAAGCAGACUGAUUUGUUUCUAAGGUAUUUCUUUAAAAACUGGUAGUGCUGAAUUAAACUAAAUGUUAAGCCCACUUUGUUCUUUGGUGUAAUGGAGCUUAUGGGUAAAAAGAGCACAUCUACUAUUUUUAAAAAGAGAAAAAGUUCAUUACCUUUCCUACUUUGACCACUUCCAGUAAGUAAAUGGAUGUUUUGAAUAAACCAUUUGCCCUAUACUCGUGGAUUAUGAUUAAGCCCUAGUUUUGACUGGCCUGUUGACUGUACAGUGACUUUCUGUAUAUUUCAAUGACUUACGUCCCUUUGAAGUUUUGAUAAAAUUUAAGAGAGCAGAAAUCUGCAUUUGAAGUCAAAAGAUUAGGUCUCUUUUUCAUAUUUAAGUAUCGUGUGACUAUUUUUAUACUAAUUUUGAUAUUACAUAUAUUCUUUUCAUUAUCUAAUUUUGCCACUAUAAACAUCAACAAAAAAACAUUUCCAAGAUGCAGAUUUUAGAACCUGGGUUUUAAUAGCUAUUUUUAUUUGUAAGGUUAGUAGUUGCAGAAAUUGAACACUAGGUGGCACCCAGUUAUCUUAACAUUGGAAAUACUGGUACAGUUGUCAACUUUUUUUUUAACUUAACCGUGCGUAGGAAAUUUCUCAACCAAGAUUGUUUUGAUCAGUAUGCAUGUAUGUGGAAUUUUUUGCAGAACAAAAGAAUUACAUUGUGUCAUUGUAUUUCAGAAAUCAUAUAUACAUGUAAACUACAAUUUUGAGUGCUGUAUAAAUGAAAAUUUAAUUUCAUAACAACCUGUAAAAGUUAAGUGUUUUUCAAACUAUCCCAAAGCUGGGGAAAGAGGAGGGAAUAACAAGUUAAUGAAAAGGUGGUCUCCCAUUCCUACACAGUGGAGAAAUACAAUAAAGACAAUGUCACAUUGCAAACUAUAUUAUACCUUACUUUGUGUUUAGGGUGUAUUUUAUUGUGUGUUCAGAUUUUAUAUAUAUGUGUGUGUAUGUGUAUAUAUAUAUAUAUGUGUGUGUAUAUAUAUAUAUAUAUAUAUAUAUAUGUUACUGAGGAUUUAGAUUCACCCUUAUUUAGCUUUUUUGUUUAUCAACUCUAGUAAAAUAAAAUUAAGGGCUGGACUAGUUAGACCUCACUAGCCACAUUGAAAUCGUAUGCAACUUUUAAAAAAGAGAUCCAUCAUGUAGCACGUGAAGCUUUUAUUCUACUGGUCUUCAGAGAACUUUGCCAUGAUGAAAAGUAAUAUAACGAGGAAUAAACCUUCACGUGGCUCCCAAGAAAACACAAAUCUUAUCUCAUUCCAUGCUUAGUAUAAUUUCCUAAGUGCAAAUUCUGGAAUCAAAAUCUGAGGUUCUAUAAAACAUUGUUAAAUCAAAGAACAGAAAUUAAGAGUGAACAAUUGGGGUUCUUGUUUCUUAUUUGGCAUUCCUGAAAACUUACCUAGGUGGGAUGUACCUGAGCCCAUGAGCUAGUUUUUAAUACUUACAAGAAACCAGCCUCUAAGAAUUGUCAAUAGUUAGUUAACUGUGCCUGGGAUACAGUUCAUGGUAAGGACAGUGCAACUCAAACCUUAGUUUUUCUACUUAACUCCUGUAAUAAAUGUGGUUUAUCUAAAGAUUCUUUAAAAAUUACAACAAUGGCCCCCAAUCUUCAUAUGUUUGCUAGCGAUUUUUCCUUGCCUUGGUAGUAACAGCUCAGUGUAGUGCUGUUGCACCCUCAAAAAUCAGAAAUCAUUAAACAGUUGAGGUAAAGUUGUAGCUCAUAUGCAGCACUACUUGGAAUUAUUUUACUAACUUGUCUUUACUGUGGGAAUAAUUCCGUUUUCAUUGAUUUGACUAUAUUUCAAACGAAUGGAAGUGGUCCUUAAGGAAAUUUUUUUUGUUGUUUUUGGGGAUUUUGGAAUUUUUUUUUUGUUAUACUCUGAUUCCUAAAAUAGAAAGCUAUAAAAUGUGCUGUGAGAGAAAAUAAAAUGUUUGAAAUCCUAAGAUAAUAGUUCUUACUGCUAAGAGGCAUAAUAGUUAUUAACGAGUUUGAUAGGCUCGCUUUUUUCAUGUAGUGUUUAUUCCACUUCCAUUUAGAGUAUAAACAUGUAUUACUAAGUUGACUAAAUAAUCAAACCAAGUGUUUGUGUAAAAAAAAUACUUGCCAAGAUUUGACUGUUGAAUCUUUCUUGAACAUGCAGCCUCUUAAAGAGACCGCCUCUUACUAUGCAUGACGAAAAUUCUUGUAUUUUAUUAAGGAAUGGCCAUUGGUUUGCUCACUGCAUCUCUGGUAUCGUGGCUAUAAAUAUAGUUGAUUACAAAACUUUUUGUGACUUGUGGUUUAACUUAGUUUCACCUAUCAUGUGUAAAUACUAAAUUACAGGAUGCUAUCAGUAUUGACUAAAGAGCAAACAGUAAUCAAUUAGGUAAAAGCAUGUUUCAAAUAAAAUAUCUAGCUGGACUUAUACUUUAUUAUGUACAGAUUUAACAUUCAGUAUUAAUUGUGGCUUGACUGUUAAAGUAUCAGAAUGAAAGUGAGGUUUUUUAUGUUGCUUGGUUGUGAUAAAGAUAAAAAAGAACUGUAUUGGUAUGAGAUGUUUAGAUCUUUAUUCUGUUCACAAGGGAAAGUUUCAUUUAUGCUGUUUGGACUCCCAUGAACUUUCACACACCGUUUUGUGGUUUUGAUUUACCUUAAAGUACCAUUGUUUUUAUCCUUGCUGAUUUUUUCUUCCUAUUCCAAAAAGUACACAAUCUGAGUUGUCUUACUACAAGUAUGAUAAGACACUAGCCUCUUAGCGAACCAAGGAAUUUGGAGAGCGUAUUGGGCUGUGUCCUCUCUUCUCCCCAGCUGCCAGACACUGCGGAAGCAAUGGGGCAGAGUGAGGAGCAUGGGCCCUGGGGUCAGGUGGCCUGUGUCCCAACCUCCACUCUUCCCUUUACCUGUAGGUGACCCCUGGUACUUACAGCGUGUCUGAGCUUCAUGCUUCUCACCUGUAAAUGGAGAUGAUGAGAACAGUCCCUGGAGAAUCACAGAACUGUUGGGGAUUAACAAGUAGAUGGUCGUGCAUGUAAUGCACUUAGAGCAGUGUCCACCGCUUUUCACUCGAUAUCCAGGAUU